AUGAGGGUGAUGGUGACUGGCGAACGUGUGUUCUUGCCCCCAAACAUAUUCCUCUGUCGACGACUCCCUCAACGAUAUUGCAAGUAUUCAUUUGAGUCUGAGGAUGAUGUCCCGGUGCCAUCAGAUGGCAUGAUCGCCAUGGAGGCCGACACCAGUCCAUCGAAGAAGAGGUUCGACGCAAUCAGAGCCAAGUGGGAGAAGGUCGCAACACCGAAGCAAGAAAACCUCCAGUCGAACAAAGGAACAACAGCGCACAUGUUCAACAUGAAACGUCUGCCGCAGUCUUUGUCCGAGCCCAAUCUCCCCAAACAACAACAACAGCAACAACAACAAGAUACGGAGCCACUACAGAGCCGAAUAAAGCGUUUCACCUCCAUUGCUAACUUAACCACGCCUCUGUCCGCCAUCACUUCACGCGCCCGUCGACGCGACCCACAGCUUCUUCUCCCUCCAUCCUCCCAAUCGUCGAACCCCAAUCAGUGUGCCUCUUCGACCGCGAUCGUGAUCCGCCAGUCGCCCGUCAAAGCAAAGAUCCACGAUGCCGAAGCCAUGAUUUCUUCACCCAAAAAGCACCAGAAUACGCUGCCGAGGAGUGCUACGACGAGCAACCUCCCCGUGCUUGCAAGAUCGCGUCCUGUCUCAGGCACGUCCUUGAGCUCUUCGCUCCGCUCAGCCAACGCACCUCUCCCACAAAGCAGGAUUCCAACACCAGGCCAAAAUGCAAUCGACCAGCGCAGUGCCAAGUUGGCCGCAGCUGGCAAAGCUCUCGCCAGUAUUGCCAAUCCCCCAGACUUGACCCGAUCUCUGACACAGCCCAUGUUCCCAUCCAUGGCGAUGCCUUCUCGUUUCAUAACUCCGAGACCUGAGAGCUCGCGAAGGGAACAGCCAUCUGGCACGUCAUUGAGAGGAGGUGGCGGUAGCAUGAGACGAACCUCCUCGUACCUCAAGAGAGACAAGGUGGAUACGCUUGGUCAGAUCAAGGAAUCGUCAGACAUGUCGGGAGGCACCGAAGAUGACAAGAAAGACAAAGCAAAAGAUAAAGAAAAGCUUAGUAGAAAUUCUGAAGAGAAGGACAAGACCAUGCAUGCCAAUGGGUCGCGCCACGUCAAAUCACCGCCAUCAAACGAGCAAACACCGAAAGCAAAGUACCACCUCAUCCCGCAGCAGAACGGCAGAGAUAAAGGUAGAAAGCACAACUCUCUUACCGUACCGCAAUUGAGAACCCCACGGGCGAUUACAAUUGAUACAAAGAACGACCUAGCAUUGGUCCCCGUGACGGCCAAGAAGCUGCAAGUACCUUCUGGCAUGAUGAGGCAUGCUUCGGUCCAUGAUAUGAUAGCCCAACCUACCCUUACCAAUGUUUCCAAGCCCGAACUACCACGCAGCCAUACUUUUAGCGGUAUCAAUAAUUUCUUCAAGAGCUCCCGCGACAGUAUAGGAAGCAUGGCGAGCAUUACUGCGCGACGGCGUUCCGACUCGAGACCCAGAAACUGUCUUGCUGGAGCGGAGGAUCUCGACGUGGAAAAUAUUCCUCGAGAGGUACAUAAAUCAGAGGACAACGGAUACUGGUGCGGCCGCCUGUGUACCAUAGACAAUCGUCUCCGCGACGAAGGCACAAUGUAUUCCCACCGCCACGCCGCCCGUGACGACGACGCACGUCUCCGCAAAGCCUUCCGCGAGCUCAAGGGGCUGUGUAAGACCGAAGAAGCAACUUCUAGCCUACGGCGCUACAUGCAUCGCUACGCCACCACGCAGCAGAACAUGACCUGGGUUAUGCAGGAGUUGCCCCGGGAACCGAAAAGAACGCCCAUCAGGGACGCUGAUCGAGGAUCUUUCGGUUCGUUUGGCAGUGUUGGUGGAGGUGGCCGUACGCCGAGUGUAAGGAUUGGACUUAGGCAUUUGUUCGGUAGGAAUGGAAGUAAGGGACAGCCGGCGUAA